AUGUUAUCGACGAAUGUGUCAAAGGUCGCAGAGACCAAGAAACAUCCAUUAAGCACUAAAUGUAGUGUUCAUUCGUUUGCCUUAUUACGAUUUUAUUUGCUGUUUUUACAAUCGAUCAGAUUAAUAUUUCAAGUCAAUUCAAUGUCAACGUACCGAAAUAUUGGUUCGACAGCAUUCUCUGUUUUGCUAAAUGUGAGCGUCAAAUGUAUUGCUGAAUCGUUUGUGUGUUUAUACACAAUUCUUCUCAAUGUAAUCAUCAUUGGAAGUUUAGUUUAUAUCAAACGUCAUCGGAAUACUCAGAAUCUUUUGUUAAUCAAUGUUUCCAUCGCUUGUAUCGUAUUUUCGCUGUCGUGUCUAUUGUCGAUAUGUUUAACAAUAUGGAUACUUUAUCAUCAAUCGGUACCUACAUUCGCUUGUCAAUUCAUCGCCUUUAUUGUCAUAUCCAGUUGUCAUUGUUUAAUGUUUUCAUACACACUAGUCACAUUUGUACGGUUUCUAACCAUUAUUUAUCCAUUUAAUCGGAAGAUAACCUCGGUUAGAUCGAUUCAGGUUUAUCUCGUCACGAAAUGGAUAUUGGCAUUUCUUUUACCAAGCAUAAGUUUCCUUUUACCAAAUCACGAAAUCAUAUUUCAACCAAAGGCAAAAAUAUGCACAGUUAAUCAACAAUCUCCGGUUUUAAUCCUAUUAUUUUCCACAGGAUAUAUUAUUCCACUUAUCUCAAUUUCGUUAAUGAAUUUGAUCACUUACCUAAACGUCACACGUUCACGGCAGACUCUCGGCAUGUCUCAAUCGAAACUUUUUCGUUUAAAUAAACGUAAACGUCGAAAUCUACGUUUACUACGUCAAUUUUCGAUGUUUACUGUUUUCUUCUUUUUCGGAUGGGCUCCAUUCAUCAUCGUCGAAGUUGUUGACAAAGAAGAAAAACUUGCCGAUGCCUAUUAUUUGUUUACAUUACUAUUACCCUCUAUAUGUGUGUUAAUUGAUAGUCAUGUGCUGCUCUAUUGGAACAAAAGUAUUUCUCAUCAGAUCUGUUUAUGGUGGCGUGUUUUGAUUGGACAAAAUCAAUUCAUUUCACAUGAACCUGUCGAACAGACGAGGUCUCCUGUCGAUGUUUCAUGCACGUAUAUGCAUUCCGAUGUCUAA